AUGUCUCAAGAGCCGCUUGAUUUCGAUAGCAUGUGGCGUGCUGAGAUACAAAACUUCCAGAAACUUACAGAGAAACAUCUCCCGACAAGUACGCCCAUAUCCCCAGAAGACCUCCAAAAGAAACUCGAUAAUCUAUUCAAGAACGGGGACCAAGACGCGCAUGGAAGUUCGCAAGCAAGGAGAAUAGGGUUGGAUAUCAUAUCAUAUGUGAAGUUGCUAGGGGGAGUUGCUGCUCAAGGAGCUUCGAUUGUAUUCCCGCCUGCAGAUCUCUGUUUCAAAGCUAUCACCCUGUUGCUAGAUAUCCCGCAAAAGAUCAGUGACAUGCACGGGGAAUUCAGAGAUGUGUUUCUAGAGAUAGGUCCGACCCUCUCUCAAUUUAAGAUAUAUUCGAGGAUCGAGAACUUGAAGGCUCUCGAUAAAGACCUGCUUAAGUCUACCCACGAAGUGAUGAUUUGCUUUGUGGAUAUCUGUGCUCAAUGCAUAAAUGUUCUGCAAGGGGGCAUAAGGAAGAAGUUGAAAUUCACGGCGAACCGAGUCCUUUUGAACAGCAGCGACGUCGCUGACGGUCUUCGACGUUUUAAAGACACCGUCCAACGACAACAGAGCACACAGAACACCGUUGCACUUGAGCUGAUCAUGAAAAAUGAGAAGGGUAUUGUUGACUUACUGACCGACUCCUAUAAUAACGGAAGACUCAUAAGGAACAUCGACGACAAGGUAGGAGGGCUGGUAAAUUCAGAGGAGAAAAGGACAUUAGAGAACACGACACAGAAGUACAUAUCCAAGAUCAAGGCCUACUUCGGCAUCUCCGAUGACGAACUGAACGCUUCUCAGGCCACUUACAGAGAUAUAUCGAGAAGGAUACGGGUUGAUAGUGGUAAAUGGUUCAGGGCUGUGAAAAGCUAUGAGAAUUGGGUGAAAGGCUCUAGCAAUAAUCCAAGCCCUCUCCUCUUCUUAACCGGACCUCCAGGUUCAGGAAAGACAUUUUCUAUUGUCGCCAUCAUCCAACAUCUGCAGUCCGAAUAUAGCUCAACGGAAUCGACCAACAAGUGUCUAAUAGCAUAUCACUUCUUCCCUACUGGACAAGGCAAAAACGAUGACGAGAAGCAACUCGUGCCAACUGCACUGAAGUCGCUGGCUAUUCAACUAGUUGAGCAAGAUAGUGCGCUUGCAAAGAUUGUAUCAGGUUCCUGCUCCGAUGCCGAAAAGGACGGGAAGCUUAAAAGCGCAAGAUAUAGGGAACUGUGGAAAAUCUUGAAAGUUGGGUCUCCGAUGAGGAAUACCACCCAUUUCAUAGUUCUCGACGGUCUCGACCAUCUCCCUCUAGAAGAGGCGAAACCAUUUCUGGAGAUGAUGAGUGCAUUUAAUGAUGCAUUAGAUAAUGAAUCAGGGCUGGUGAAGAUCCUUGUCUGUGGCCGAGCCGAGCUCUUCGAAGAUGAAAAGUUAUCUAGAUGUCGACCUUCAGAACCUAUUUUCGGGAAACGGGUUCUCAGUAUUGAAGAGUUAGAAGCUGCGCUGUUCCUUCAAUUUGAGAGAGAUAUGAUCGAGCCACUCAAUAGGUAUAUUGACGAGAAAUUCUCAAAAGUACUCAGAGUCGGACCGAAAAACCUAGUCGAGCUGCGAGAUAUUGAUGUUGAAUCUUGCAUCGUGAAACAGCGAGAAACAUCUCGAGAGACGGAUGAACCACCGAGAAUUAGUGCUACCAUAACUAUUGCUAAUGUGAAUCACGAGACAGUUCAACGAUUCCUAUGGGAUCUGAAUACAUACUCGAUUCUAGAGGGGUUCUCUUUUAAACAGCACUCGGAGACCUCGAAUCCCCCCAAGAGCCGCAUACACGUCAAUGAGGUUGACUUUAACCUUGAUAUUGUGAAGCUGACUUUCAAAUUCCUUCGCCAGCCAAUAGACUCGAGGACUAAAGCUAUUGGUAGCUAUUUGCUACGCUGCCUCCCAGAUCAUCUCAGAGUCUUAUGGGGAGCUACCGGCAAAGACGCUAUUGGGUUGAACGAUAAGAAAGAUAUUGGCAGGGGAAUCUACGAUCUUUUUGACGACGUAUCCAUAAUUGAAAGACAUUGGGAUAGCUAUGCGAAAGUGAAGUGGUACGUGAAUCCCGAGGGAAUGUCCAUAUUCUGGAAAUGGCUACAAGAUCAAGAAGCCACAAAGGGCUUAUCAAGGAACGACAUGAAACCAUUGCACGACGCGAUGUCAGCUGGUAACCCAACCAGCAAGCUACUUGUUCCUGUUGUGAAACAUGGCCCCCCCAUACUCAACACCGAGAUCAUAAAAGAACUUUUGAAGACCGAAGAAUCUAUCGAAGAACCCGUGAUCACGGAGAUUUUACGCGUCUUUAAUUCUGAAUGCCAUCAAGAGCAAGAUCCGGAAGCAAUGAUUAGUAUGCUAGUAAAUAAGACAAACGGACUGGCGGUGAAGAGCGAUGAAGAAUCCCUCAAUAGUCAGUAUCUUGCCGCUGGUUCAUUGCUUAAGGGGUGCAAGAGUGUGAUAGACCAGGGCUGCGGGUUCACUUGCGAUAAGUGUAAAAGUAAAGAGUGGGAUUUGGAAAACGAAAUGCACCUGUGCAAGUAUUGCUUUGACACGGGGUUCUGUAGCCGCUGCCUCGAUGGAUUGAGGUCUGAGGGGGGGAACGGUGGCACACAUGCGGUCCGCACCAUGACUGGCUUUGCUUCCCAAAGUGGGAUGUAG